GUUUAGCUGGGAGGACGAAGCCAUCUUGUUUCAGAUCCGCUGUGGAACUAGGGGACAGGCCGAACCACAAGAUUGGGGAUAGAGUCAAUAUUAAGAAUGGAGUUUGGUGUCUGAUGAUUACAUUAAUUACGUCAUUUGGUUGAGUGUUGCCAAAGCUCUUACAGUAAUGAAUGUGAGUGGUUAGAUACUAUUUUUAGCGCUGCUAGGGUUGAAAGCCAACUCUGGUUCAAAGCUUGGGUAUAUUUAUUUCUGAGUAGAGAGUUAUUAUGAAUGGAGGAUAAAUGUUGCCAAAGGCGGACAGCAGUAGUUUCGUCAUUCUCUCUCUCCUCUUCGUCCUCACUGUAACAGAUCCACCACGGACAGGUCCACGGUUAGCUCUGGCAACAAGAUUAUCGUCAGAGCUCCGCUGCAACCCUGGCCAGUUCGCCUGCCGGAGUGGGAAGAUGCAGUGUAUCCCUAUGGCCUGGCAGUGUGACGGCUGGACGGCCUGCGAGGAUAAGAGUGACGAGGUGGACUGUCCCCCCACAAAGGAGGAGAGGUUCCGUUUUGGAAACGGCUUCGACCAGGUUGAAGAUGUCAUUGGUGUGGCCCAGCCUGUGCGUUUCAACAAGAAGUGCCCCACCGGCUGGCACCACUAUGAGAAGACUGCCAGCUGCUACAAGGUCUACCUGAAGAAUGAGAACUACUGGCAGGCAGUGGAAACCUGCCAUAAAGUCAACGGCUCGCUGGCAACCUUCGUCACCAAUGAGGAACUUCAGUUCAUCCUCAAGAUCGAGGUGGACUUUGACGAGAAAGUGUGUGAGCGUAGGGACCAGUGCAAGUUCUGGGUGGGCUAUCAGUACGUCAUCACCAAUCGGAACCAUUCUCUGGAGGGCAAAUGGGAGGUGGCAAAUAAAGGCUCCAUGCAAGUGUUCUUGCCUCCGGAGGGCCUGGCCAACUUCGAGGACGCGUCCCCCACUCAGGACAACGUGUUCUGUGCCCAGCUUCAGCGCUUCCAGAUCAAGAACAUGAACGAGCGGGGCUUGCACAGUUGGCACGCUGAGAACUGCUACAAGAAGUUCCCCUUCCUCUGCAAAAGGAGGCAGACGUGCGUAGACAUCAAGGACAACGUGGUGAACGAGGGCUACUACUUCACCCCUAAGGGGGACGACCCCUGCCUGAGCUGCACGUGUCAUGACGGGGAGCCGGAGAUGUGCGUGGCCGCGCUGUGCGAGAGGCCUCAGGGCUGUCAGCACUUCCGCAAGGACCCCAAGGAGUGCUGCAAGUUCACCUGCCUGGACCCAGAUGGGAGCAGUCUGUUUGACUCCAUGGCCAGUGGGAUGCGUCUGAUAGUCAGCUGCAUCUCGUCCUUCCUCAUCCUCUCCCUCCUGCUCUUCAUGGUGCACAGGCUGCGGCAACGCCGCCGGGAACGCAUCGAGACGCUGAUCGGAGGGAACCUACAUCAUUUCAACCUGGGCCGGAGAGUCCCAGGGUUUGACUACGGCCCUGAUGCCUUCGGCACGGGCCUGACCCCUCUGCACCUGUCAGACGAUGGGGAAGGAGGGGCCUUUCACUUCCAGGAGCCACCCCCACCCUACGCAGCCUACAAAUACCCCGACAUCCAACACCCAGACGACCCCCCGCCCCCCUACGAAGCGUCCAUCAACCCAGAUCGUAUCCUCUAUGUGGACUUGGGCCGUACCGUGGUUCCCAUGGUGCCCGGCCAGAUGAGCACCAUGGGAGAGGUCCUCCAAACAAACGUCCCCAUCGCCUCCGUCCCCGAGGCGUCCCCGGGGCCGUCCACCCAGGUGCGGGAGGACUCCAUUGACAGCAGCACCCUCCUGGUGGGUCCGGACACACCCACCGACGGACACGCCCCUGACUGCAGGCCUGCAGACUGCAGCAGCAUCUCCUCCCUCAGCACUGUGGUAUAGGAGCGGGGUAGGGGGGGCUGGGCAGACGGAUAGGAGACAGACCGGCCCGCCAUGCAGCUGCGGAGCAGAAACAGUAGGGAAGAGGUGGACGAGGGGCUAGGAGGUGUGGAUGAGGGACUAGGAGGUGGUGGUUCAACUGUUUUGACCACGACUGAAGAUGGACCAGUCUACUGCUCUCGACAAACUGGUUCUCUGUCUUUUUUUACGGCUGGACUGAAGGAGGCUUUGUUGUGUUUCCUGACUCACCAGCUACAGGUGACCUGGAUGACUGGUUGUCUGAACCUGGAGGUUGGAGCAGACCCUCCAAGUUCUCUAUGGACUGGAAGACAACCAGGAGGAAUGAGGGGCAGGGAGGAUUGCUUCUGCACAGAGAAGACUUAACACUAUACCAGGUUAUGAAGCUUACGCUUCAUGUUCUAGUUUAAAUUGGACUCAGAGUUUGAGUUUUAGCCUAAUGUACAAGGUUCCCAGCUGUAAAUACUUAGUCAGGUCUGUGCCUGGUAAAAAGAGAUGACGGAAGAAGAAUCCACACCAGCUUACGUGACAUUUUGCUUUGCGUCGUUAUAGGACAAACGUUUUCGGACGAGCAUCUUCUCUCUGACAGGGAAGGGAAAGACCAUGCAUUUUUCCUGCACCCCUUUUGAAAAGUUCCCUUUCCUCACUAAUGCUUUGUAGAGGUCUUCCGGGUUUAUUCACAAAACUUGGAUUGAAGAGGUUUUGUUACGAGGCUUGUUGACCUUGCAGAAGUCAUGAGGGACGCGGGGGGGAGGGGGGGGGGGGGGAGAAUGACACUCCUCCACAGCUGGGUGCUGGGUAGGUCAGGCGAGAGUGCUGUGCACACAAGACCAGCAAUAAUAAUAAUAUGUUUUUCAAUAGAGCAGGGGAAAGAAGAGUUAACAAACAUGAGUGACACAGAAACCAUCAAAAACACAGACCUCUACUUCACAGUUCAGUCUUUUUAUGACAUGCAACAUUGUACCCUGAUGUUGCGACAAAACAAAAAUAUGUGAAACCUGAGCUAUUGUGAGUUUUAAGGUAAAGUUGAUUUUUGUAUACUUUUAUUUAAUAGGAUAGGAUGUGGUGUUUGUUGUUGGAUUUGACCGUAGUUUGAUUACACACGAAGGAAAAUGGUAGCUGGCAACGCAAAUAUAGCUUCUAAUAAGAGUUAUUUUACUGUUAAUAUCCCAUCAUGGCAUUUACAUUUUCUAAUCAGUAUUUCUCUUGAUAAAUUGUAUUGAUUAUUGAUCGCCUGUUGAUUAUUUGUGCAUAAGUCUAAGUAUGCAUAGUCUUGUAUCAACACAACCUUUUGUAUGGUGAAACAUGUUGCACAUCUCAUGAUUUAGAUGUGGCAUUAUUGCUUUUUUGUAUUUGAGAAUGCCAAUUGAGUGAUGGUAUUUUGAAAUACAACAUGUUUUUGAACUGAAAUGGAAAAAGAUAGUUCCACUGAAAUGUAAGUUCCAUGAUCCAUUGUGUGUUUUCUUUAUUUCCCAAAGGUUAUGAAACCUGGUUUAAGAUUGUACCUUCUACCUUUCAUUUUUUAUAUUGUCUGGUAAAAAUGGCCUGGCAUUUGUCUGUAUUCCAUUUUUCUUUGCUUCAUAGUGAUGCACAUUACACCCUUCCCCCCCUCCCAAGAGACGACUUGGUUCCAAACUACAGAGAAUGUAUCAAAGUUACUUAAUUUAACCCCAUUAUGACAAUCACUUGAUACUCUUGGGACGCAAAGAGAUCUGGUUUAGCUACUUAGUUGUGCUUUUUCACCUGUGAAGUUGAAAGGUCAAAGAAGCAGAAAGGUUUCAAUGCCAGGCCUGUAUAAGCACAAAGGCUCCUAACAGGCAGGUUUUCAAGACAGCUGUGUAGAGGUCCCUCAUAGUACACCUCAUGUCUCCUGUAUGCUUUGUUGCAUCACCACCAAUACUUAAAAUGGUUUCAGAUCAGCUUUGAGAAUUGCAUCUGUGUGUGUGUAUGUUGGAAUGUGUAUGGUAUGUGACAUCAUCAUCUUUUGUUUAUCUAGUAGGUCUUCAUUGUAACAAUGUUUUUCUUUGUUUUUGUUUUUUUUCAGCAUAGACAAUCCGUUGUGGAUUAAUUAAGAAAAUCAUGUGUUCUCUAUCGUGGGAAAAGUAGUGUAUGCAUGUGUGUACAGGGGUAUGUCUCUUCAGGGUUGGAUCGCUGUUUUCUGGUUUGCGUGUUUUCCCAGCUAUUUUUCAGACCUACAGUGCAUGCUUUACAAAACAAUUAUGGGGCAUGCUAAGAGAACAUAGUUAAAAUUGUAGGCCUGUUACUUUAAAUAGAUCGUUCUCUGCUCGUCUUGGUCCAAGCGCAGACCUCAGAUGCUUGGCUACAGGUCUCUGUUCUGUAUGUUUUGGAAACCCAGCCCCACAUACAUGCCCCAACUUCUGCAUUCUCUGUACAGUGGUUCUGUCUUUACAAAUUGUGGAACAUCUUAGAAAAGAAGCUGAACACUUCCUUAGGUCUGUCAGUUAGAAUUAUUUUCUGUUGGCGUGUCAACUACCAGGUGGCACCUAAUGAGCGUAUUAGGCUACUGUAUUUUGGAGUUUAAUAUUUUUGGCAGGUUGAGGAGGUUAUAUUGCCCUCAUGACUGGAUGUUUGUCGUAAAUACUAUUGAUUUCUUUGGCAGUGAAAAUACCGGCAGGUACUAACAAUGACAUCCCAGAAAGGGAUUGUGUAGGAUAUUAAUACUUUAAACCAGAAAGUUUCUUGAAAAUAUGAAUGGUGGGAUGAGGCUGAAAUUGAUAAGUUUAGCUAAACUACGCAGAAAUUGCACCCCUAGUGGUGGGCAGUGCACUGCAGCGAUAUCCACAGUUUGUGAAGGGUAACUUCUACAAAACCACCUGUUUCAGUGAGAAACUGAUUUUAAUGCUUACCUACAGUGAAAUAAGUCAAUCCUGCAUCCAAUAUUUGGCUGCUGGCCUCCAUAUGGCGGUAUUGUAACUCUACCGAAAUGCACAUUUAUUGAAAAAUGAAUAACAGAGGUGAAACUGCUAAUGUGGGCCUAUUUCUUAAAGCUGCAAUAGGUAAAAUUAUUAAAUUCGAAUGUGAGAAACAGCGCCCCAAAUUGUCUAAACUUCUGCUUUGCUCUAGCUCGAGUUUGAUUGACAGUGGUUUGACAAAAUAAGCCAAGGAGGAAAGCCCACCUUGCUGAAGGUGAUUGGCUGGAACAGGAUUGCUGGAACAGAAUUGGCCCUGAAAGUAGCGAGUCUCCAAAAUUAGAAAUUGACAUUCCACUGGCACAGGGUUGCUUGUGUUACUAAAUGAAUAAGACGGCCUCAUUUUUUAUUUUUUUUUACUGAAAUAAUCUUACCUAUUGUAUCUUUAAAAGAGGAAUCCAUUAAUGUUGUUGAUGAGCUAUGGUGGUGUGAAAAAUACUUUUAAAUGGGUUUAAAACGUUUUACGUAAAAUGCAACAUUUAAUAGCCUACAUUUAGCUAUAUUUUAUAGCUUUUAACCCGAAAUGAUGCUUCAUUUGCAGGGGGCUUUGUGUUUUUUUUCUGAGGUAGACAUCUAAUAAAAUGCCAAAUAAAGUCCAUCAUGAAUAA